AUGCCACUUGCAAGAGCGGCAGGCAGAAAUCGGAACACAGCUGAUUUUGAGAAAGCUGACACCAUCAGAAGCUUCACUGCUAAAGAUAUAACACAAAAGAUUGAAAGAAAGAGACUUGAGCUAUCAUUCAAGAUCCCAGAUCUGCCCAAGAAUGAGCACCUCCGAUUAGCCGAGUUCCGGUGCAAACGCUCUGCCUUCCCUUUAAAGAAGUACAGGGUCAAGGUCAUCAUUUUCAACGGAACCAAUAUCGCACGAACACUUUACAUGAGGGUCCAACCUUUUACCCAGGGUGAAUAUUUGGUAUUUGACAUUAGUCGAGCAAUCACUGCCUGGUUCAGCGAUUACAAAGGAGAGGUCACCAUUCACAUAGAAAUUCCACGCACUUUCUCCAAUACUCUUUCCAAAACAACUCCCAAAACCCAUGGAUACUUACUAGUGUUAUAUUUGGAAAAUCGCGACUUCCUUAAAAGGCUUUUGGAUACUUACAAAGUGGAAGAGCAUUCUGCUUUUGUAGGUAAUAUGGCAUCACGUGGUAAAAGAUCUGUCCGUGGCACAAAUAGAGGUCGACAACAGAAGAACAGAAGAUGGAAGAAAUCAGAAAAGAAACAAAGCUGUCGUCUGUACGAUUUUGAAAUGGAUUUCACGACAAUCGGCUGGGGACAGUGGAUCAUCCACCCUACACGCUUCAACUCCAAAUUCUGUUACGGAAACUGUCCCUCCCCUAUCGAUAUGCGAUUGAAACCCACCAACCACGCCAUGUUGCAGUCACUCAUGAGAAGCAAACGUUCCAAAGUUGCACCCGCCCCUUGUUGCGUCCCCACUAAACUGGAACCUCUCAGUAUGAUGUACGUAGAGGAUGGCGAAGUGGUUGUGCGCCAUCACGAGGACAUGAUCGCCUCUGAAUGUGGAUGUCGAUGA